UUAAAUAUUAAAUUAUGUCCGAAGUCGUUUGUAAGGUGCAAGUUUUAACUGUAGAAAGAGCCCUAAAGAUCUUCAUCAGCUGAUUGACGAAAAAUCAAGACAUCCUUCCUCAAAUGCAAGGAGGAUCAACUGGAAUCGGUUACGGUCUCAAAUAUCAGGCAAGAUGUAUAGCGGAUGUGAAAGCCGAUACAGAUCACACCAGUUUCCUCACCGGUACUCUCAGUCUCAAAGAAGAAAAUGAGGUGCAUCUGAUUAGGCUUUCAUCAGGUGGUACGGAACUUGUUUGCGAGGGCUUGUUUUCCCAUCCGAAUGAGAUAUGGGACCUUGCUUCUUGCCCUUUUGAUCAACGAAUCUUCUCUACCGUCUUCUCUUCUGGUGAAUCAUAUGAAGCGGCUGUUUGGCAGAUACCUGAACUGUAUGGCCAGUCAAAUUCUCCUCAGUUGGAAUGCAUUGCUUCACUCGAUGCACACAGUUCAAAGAUUAAGUGUGUGCUGUGGUGGCCAUCUGGAAGACAUGAUAAGUUGAUCAGUAUUGAUGAGCAGAAUAUCUUUCUUUGGAGCUUAGAUUCUUCCAAGAAGAGUGCACAGGUACAAUCUCAGGAGUCUGCUGGGAUGCUUCAUCAUAUUUCAGGUGGAGCAUGGGACCCACAUGAUGUAAAUGUUGUUGCAUCGACUUCUGAAUCAUCUAUCCAGUUUUGGGACUUACGGACUAUGAAGAAAACAAAUUCAAUUGAGUAUUCCCAUGUUCGUAAUAUAGACUAUGAUAGCAAGAACAAACAUAUGCUUGUAACAGCUGCGGAUGAAUCUGGUAUUCAUAUAUGGGAUCUUAGAAUGUCGAAGGCCCCUGUUGCAGAGCUCCCUGGACAUUCACACUGGACUUGGUCUGUUAGAAGUAAUCCUGAGUAUGAAGGAGUCAUUCUUAGUGCAGGAACAGACUCGGCUGUUAACUUGUGGUUUGCUGCUCCUGCUAGCAAUGAUGAAUUGACAUCUGAUAGCUUGUCUAACUCCACUACUAAAUGGACGGAGUCUUUGCUCCAUACAUACAAUGACUAUGAGGACAGUGUUUAUGGCUUGUCAUGGAGUUCUCGGGAGCCUUGGAUCUUUGCAUCAUUAUCUUAUGAUGGAAGGGUCGUUGUGGAGUCGAUAAAGUCUCAUCUCCCAAGAAAGUGAACACACCCUUUGCACAUACAAUGUGUAUUUUGAAUUUUGAGGAAGUUUAUUGAUAUAGCUUUUUUAAAGGAUUUUUGUUCUUAACAUUGUCCUGUUCUUUUGUCACGCGGGAAGCAAAUUAUAUUUGAAUUUGUUAUAUUUCACUACUAUUGAAUAAUAAGUUGUUUCCAUGUUA